AUGUUUCCCACCCCGAGUUGGUCCUCCCCUGACGUUGCCCCUCGGCCGAUGGACCUGUCACACCUGGUGCCCGUGGGCCUCUUCCCCGCCAGGAGGGCGCCGCCGAAGCCGGAGGAGCUGUCGUACCUGCAGUCCCAUGGCGUCGAGGAGUCCCUCGCCGACCUCCACGAGCGAGCUGGCCCAGAAGCGGCCGGGGGAUCCCUUCCAGCUCAUCGCCGAGGCCGCGGCGAAGCGGAGCAGGCCGGGGCCCUCCGCGCCUGCCCCGGCCGCCCCCGCCGGGGCGGAGCCCAGGGCGAGGGCGGAGCCGAAGGCCAAGGCCGCCGCCGCCCCGCCGCCCGCGGCUGGGCUGGACCCCGCCACGGAGGCGAGGAUCCAGGAUCGGUCGGCGACCAGGUCCGCUCCCUGAAGGAGAGGCUGAAGGCGGAGGGCCUGUCGGGCACGAGGCUCAACGCGCACGAAGACGUCAAGAGGCUCGUGGAGGGGCUGCAGCAGCUCACGGGCGGGGGCGCGGCCCCUGCCUGCGCCCGCGCCCGCGGCCAAGGCGGCGGCGGCCGCCGAGACGCCCCAGAAGCAGGCCCCCAAGAAGGAGGCGAAGAAGGAGGCGAAGCCUAA